AUGGAGAUGACGAAUCUCCUGAAUGGUUUCUGUGGAAGCAUCUGCUUCACACCAAAGCAAUGGCGCGAAUCUGAAAUGGGUCGCUCGCUCUCAAGUCACCCCUUGGUCAAUGUCAAGAAGCAAGAGCAAACGAUUCCCACUCCUCCCGUCGCCUUCCCCCCACUGAAACCGAACGACAAGCGUCCGCUGGCCGGUGUUAAGGUUGUUGAAAUGACGCGUGUCAUCGCCGGUCCAGAAAUUGGAACGAUUUUGGCUGCUUAUGGUGCGGACGUAAUUCGGAUCAACCCUCCUCACUUGCCUGAUAUCAACAUCAUGCAGUUGUCUCUCAAUGCUGGCAAGCGAACAAUCGCUAUUGACCUUCGGAAAGAAGAUGACGCUGCCCUCUUAAAGUCCCUCGUUGCCGAGUCUGAUGUUUUCAUCCAAGGCUUCCGCAUCAACAAGAUGCCCAAGUAUGGCCUUGGCCUUAAUGACCUAUUGAAGAUGGCCGGCGAGCGUGGCCGUGGCAUAGUCUACGUAAGCGAGAACUGCUACGGCCCUGACGGGUACUAUGCCGAGCGCCCUGGCUGGCAACAGAUUGCGGAUGCUGCUGCCGGAUCCGCGUAUGUUACCGGAAGAUCACUCAAGCUGCCCAAUAAUGAAGCGGUACUUCCUAGUUUGCCCAUCUCCGAUAUGUCAACAGGAGUACUUGGCGCGGUUGGCGCCAUGUUGGGUCUGAAGAGACGAGCAGUCGAGGGAGGAAGCUACUAUUCUCACGCCAGCCUUACGGGAGUUAAUGCGUACGCCCUGACUGAGGAAGUGGGUCUUUACCCAGAGACUACUGUGGAGGAAUGCAAGGAGCGCUUCCAAUGGGGCGAGAUGAGAGGAGCACACCACGUUCUAGACCUUCUUGUCACUGUCUGGAACGGUUGGAAGAGGGUUCUCGGAGACUAUCUGCAACCUGAGAGUGGUUGGUUCCAGAGUUUCGAUGCCAGCGCUUUUGACAAGAAACGGUUGAGCAUCCUUAGGCCAGUCGUCAAAUUUGAAGGAGAACAAGAGACAACUCCAGAGUGGAAGACUCCAAGCGUGCCAUACGCAUAUGAAAGGGCAGAUAAAGUCAGGUUCUUGUAA